AACAGGCUCCUGUGCUGUUAAGAUGGCGGACGAAGAAAACACACUAACUGUGAGGAUAAUUUACUUGCUAUGAAUUGGGAUUACAAUGGUAAACCGAAUAAAAUCUGCAAUGUCUUGGAUAUAACUAGCUGGGAUGUUUGUUGUUAGCAGUGUAAUGUGUCUAGAAACGUUUUGCUGAGCAUUCUCCAGCUCUAGCUAGCUGAAAACAUAGCAGCUAGCUAACGACUAACGUUAGCUUGUUAAUGCUAGCAAAGUCGUUACAGCUCCGUAUGGGGCCAUGGCUAAAAGGGAUCCAGCUUUUGUCAAAUUAACGUCAAAAGUUGGAAGGUUUUUCAUUUUAACUAACCCUUUUCCUAAUCUUAACCUAAUUAUCACAACCUGCUACAUUAAUACGUUUUGCUUAGCUAGAUAAUUAGCUAAACUCACGAAAUUGAUGUCAUAACGUUAUUUUGUUUUAAAUCAACGGGUAUGCCUUUAUUCCAUCCGUCGAUAAUUAGUGUACAUUCAAUUCAAAUAGUUCAAAGAUUUAUCUUGCGUUCUUAAUGACGCCCAAUAGUACUGGACGCCACAAGCAGAUGUGAAGUCGUCAUUACUAGUCGGCGACACGUUGUUAUUGUUGGACAGCAAACAUGGCGGAUGAAAGUGUUGCUGGAGCCAGCCUUAUUAACUUUCGUUAAUGCAUUUGGUAAAUAAUGCUAAGUCUACUUUCUAGUAGUCAGAAUAAUCUCACUCGAGAUAUACGCCUGAGUAGACAACGAUAUGACGUUGAACGACAGCACAGACGACGACAGUUUUUGCGAUUACGCGCUACAACCACUAUAUGUACUGACGAAAGAAGCAGCAAUCGAGAAUGCAACAUGCUUUCGAGGUGUGUGGACGCGGUGAAGAUGUUUGCAGUAUGAUGUUGAAUGGUUUAGACGAUGAUCAAUGGCGCAAACACUUCCGCAUGUCUCGGGCCACGUUUGAACACCUUGCACAGUUAGUAGAGUCUGAGAACUAAACAGACCACCAAUGUCUGAAACACAAUUGAAUACCGUGGUGUGCAACACCAAGCGAGUACCACAUUAUUUCAAGUUUAUUUGGAGUCAGUGUCUCCACUGUUUGCAUCAUUCUAAGACGGGUGACUGUAGCUGUCGUGAAGACAAGUACAACCGUUUUAUUUCGCUACCUGGUGGUAAAGGCAUCCUAGCCACCAUCUGUGGGUUUAAGCAGCUUGGGUAUCCACAAUGUGCUGGUGACAUCGGCGAGACACACAUCCCCAUCACUGCCCCAAAAGAAUAUCCAAAGGACUACUUGAACAGCAAAGGGCAGUAUUAUCCUGUGUUGCAGUCUGUUGCUGAUCACAACCACAACCUCUGCUCCCAGUGGCCUCUGAGACGAAGAAAACGCCAGGCUCCAAAAGCUCCGGAACUUCCCAUUCUGGAGAGGAGGAACUGGCUCAUCCACCUGCACUACAUCCGCAAAGACUAUGAGACCUGCAAGGCAAUGAUCAAAGAGCAGCUACAGGAGACCCAGGGAAUGUGUGAAUAUGCCAUAUACGUACAAGCGCUAAUCUUGCGCCUGGAGGGGCAGAUCCAGCCAUCCCUGGAGCUGUUCCAGAGUUGUGCCAUCCUCAAUCCCACCAGCCCCGACAACCUCAAACAAGUGGCCCGAUCGCUUUUUCUGCUGGGGAAACACAAGGCAGCCAUUGAGGUUUAUCAUGAAGCUGGGAAGCUCAAUGAGAAAGACUGGGAGAUCAACCAUAAUCUGGGUGUAUGCUAUUCCUUCAUAAAAGACUUCCAAAAUUCUGAAGAGCAGUUGAAUGCAGCCCUGAAGUUGAAAAAACACGACAGGACAUUCAUGACACUGGGAAAGGUCCACUUGUUGGCGGGAGACACGAACAAAGCCAUCGAAGUGUACAAGAGUGCAGUGGAGUUCUCUCCAGAGAAUGCAGAGUUGCUGACCACUCUGGGGCUCCUGUAUCUGCAGUUGGGAAGAUACCAAAAAGCAUUUGAACAUCUCGGGAAUGCACUUACUUAUGACCCUAAUAACUAUAAGGCCAUCCUGGCAGCAGGCAGUAUGAUGCAGACCCAUGGGGACUUUGAUGUGGCCAUGAACAAGUACCGCGUGGCAGCGUGCAUGGUCCCCGAGAGCCCGCCGCUCUGGAACAACAUCGGCAUGUGCUUCUUUGGCAAGAAGAAAUAUGUAGCAGCCAUCAGCUGUCUGAAGCGGGCCCACUACCUGUCUCCGUUUGACUGGAAGGUGCUGUACAACCUGGGCCUGGUGCACCUCACCAUGCAGCAAUAUGCCUCUGCCUUCCACUUUCUCAGCGCUGCCACCAACCUGCAGCCCCGCCUGGGAGAACUCUACAUGCUACUAGCAGUUGCACUGACCAAUCUGGAGGAUGUGGACAAUGCCAGGAGAUCCUAUGAACAAGCUGUGGCUUUAGACCAGUCCAACCCUCUGGUCAACCUGAACUUUGCCAUUUUGCUGUACAACCACGGGGACAAGAAGGGAGCCCUGCAACAGUACCAGGAGAUGGAAAGGAAGGUCAACAUACUGAAUGACAGCAACACUGAGUUUGACCCUGAGCUAAUGGACAUGGCUCAGAAGAUGGCCGCUGCCUUGCAGGUGGGAGAGAGCCUGGAGUGGACCAAGCCGGUCAAAGACCCCAAGUCUAAGCAGCGCUCGGCUGGGGCCCCCAGUAAAACCCCUGGCAGCUCCCAGCAGCCCCUAGGCACCAACCAGGCCCUGGAGCAGGCCAUGUCCUCCGCCGCAGGCUACAACAAGAGCAUCACACUCCCUACAGGAGUGUCCCACCACAGCCAGCCCACGCCCCCCUCCCUGGCCUUGGAGGAGGAGCCUGAUGUGGAGACCACCCCCACCCGAGCCCCUCAGCCAGAGGAGUCAGACCCCUCCACCACCCUGCCCCCUCUGGCAGCCAAACCCAAAGUCAAGAAGAGCAAGUUGAAGCAAGAGCUGAACUAGACUGGAGUCCCCUAUCUAGUCCACAGGCUGGUAGUGUAUCAUCACUCCCAGAAUGUCAAUCAGCCUAUCUAGUCCACAGGCCUGUAGUGUAUCAUCACUCCCAGAAUGUCACUCAGCCUAUCUAGUCCACAGGCCUGUAGUGUAUCAUCACUCCCAGAAUGUCACUCGGUCUCUAUCCGUUUUGGUUUUCAUCAAGAAUAGUUAGUCGAAGGCCACAAGGCGUUCACUAGCUUUUUGAUUUAGCUUGUUACAAAGUGCUUUAUGUUGCUCUGUCUUAAUGGUCUUACCAACCAAGGUGAGCCAGCCUAGUGACAGAGGUGUCAUAAUGAGUUGACUUCCUGAUCAUCAAUGACCUUUGACAUGAUCUCUUUUCAGUACGUUUCAUAUACUUCCUCAGUUCAACUUUCUCUAUCGGGCAUAUGAUUUUUUACUUAGUCUUGGUCAGUGGCAGGUCUGGAUUGUUGUUUAUAAUGACACUAAAUAUACAUUCCUCCAUUUUAAGUAACCUCUAAGAUAUGACAAUCAUGAAUGAGAUGAGAGAAAUAAAGAUUUUAGUGUUUUAUACCUAAUAUGAUAUGGAUUUAUCAAGGGCCUUUUUUUAAACUAUUGUUGAAUUUUAAGAUGUUUUAGAAAUGGUAAUGUUUGUCUUGACAGAAUAGAUGUGUAUUUAUUGUUGCAAAAUCCAAAGUCUCAUGGAGGUGAUUGAUAGUGUUCUGCUCUUUAUUUUAGUCACAGUAGUGUUAGGCUAAAUGCGACACGGUUGGUUGGGUAAACCAUGCUAGCGUGAUGAGUAGCCUUGUCUGAGACUAAAGACUUGACUUAGCUCCCCAAGCUAAGGCCUAGACUUUAGCUCAGCAGCUAACAGUUGUGGCACGCAGAAGACUCAUUUGUGUAAGUGUGUGUGAACAUGCAUGUGAUAUACAGGUAACUGACAAAAUAAACGAUACAUCAAAUCAAA